AUGGCACCACCAGCUACAUCUCCUAGUGGUGAUGUGUCAUCCUCCAUGCCUAUGGCCUUUUCUUUUGGCUUGCCACCCCUGGACGUGAAGCUCGAUGGUCAAAAUUAUAGAGAAUGGGCUUUCUCUCUCAAAAUGCUGCUGCAAGCUUGUGGUUAUGCCUCACAUCUCACUGAGGAUCCACCUGCAGCCUCAAAUGAUGCUAAUGAUAAAGCGGUCAAAGCUUGGCGCCUUGAUGAUGACCGUGUGAUGGCUGCUAUCGGCAUGAAUGUUGAGUUGAGCAUUCGCUCAUGUCUUGAGGAUCACAAUACGGCGAAGGAAAUGUGGGAUCACUUGAAAGCUCGCUACCUGAAAGCAUCUAGGCCCCUAAUUGAGUUUUGA